AUGGCUGGUCGACUUAGGAGAGAGGAGAAAGGAAAAGAAAUAGCUUCUGACCCCUCUCAAGCCCCAAGAACGGCUCGCAUCAGAAUCCAAGACCCGGAUAAUGCUGAACUCCUACACCGCCACUCUCUAACACUCAUAGGACGAGUUACUAAUAGGACGGCGCAACGAGUCUGGUCUCUGAUUCCUUUUUUCACCGAUCUCUGGAAGGCAAAUACUAAACCGGUCGGAUCUGAGCUAGGAAACGGAAUGUUCCAGUUUCAGUUUGAUAAUGAAGAGGAUCUACUUACGGUCCUGGAAAAAAGACCAUACUAUUAUGGAAGAUGGAUGGUUAUUGUUCAGAGGUGGGAACCCACAGUCUCCAAAAACUUCUCAUCUCUCCUGCCUUUUUGGAUUAAGGUUCAAGGGAUUCCUGUUCACCUAUGGACAGAGGAGACAAUCCAGAAGCUUGGGGAAGACCUGGGUAUUUUUGAAAAGGCGGAAAUCACCUCUACAACAGUAAGGAUGAGAUUGCAGAUCAAUGGUCUUCUCCCAUUGAUAAAGACUUCGGUGAUUGAGUAUGCGAAUGGUGAUGAAGUUACAGCAAGUUUUGUCUAUGAAAAACUAGACAGACAUUGCUAUAAAUGCUACCGGUUGGAUCAUGACAUAAAAGACUGCUUGGAGGCAAAGCAUGAAGCAAGAGCUCUUAAAGCUCAGGAUGCUAGCAGGGGAAAUGAAGAGCAAGACAGAAGGGGAACACACCCUAAGCAUCAAGUUUCAGGGUCAAAUAUUUUCCACUUCUCAGCGCAAACUACAGAACACAGGGGAAGGCAAGAUUUUAACCGGCGAGAACGCCAAAUGGAUGCAAGAGACGAAUUGGAAGCUCGGCGUAGAUCGCGCUCCAGCCGAGAUACAGUUUCUCGAAGGUAUCGUAGCGAGGACCCUAAACGAGGAAGAGAAGAUCAUCACAGUCAAACUAGCCGUUCCUCCUACCAUCGGGACACUAAUCUACACCAUCGUGAGGUUAAUUCUGGACCACGAGACCUUCGGAGAGAUCUAUCGGAUAGAUACUUAUCCAGGGAUCGCAGCUUGCAAACCUCUAGACAUAGAGAUAGCUUAACAUCUGCACGAGAAGAGUCAACCCCAAGGCAGUCAAGAAGCAAUCAGAAUAGGGGGAUUCCCCUGGAAGAAAUUCAAGCCUCGGUCCCAAAGGAGGUCUUUAAUGCAGCAGUGGGAGAAGUUAGAGAGGCCAUGAUGCAAUAUACCCAAUGCAACGACCCAACCGAGAGCGCUGCCCGCAGAGAACGUAUGAGAAGGGCAGAGGAGAAAGGCGAAAUGGAGGAGACAGCUGCACUUAUGAUUCAAGCAAAGAUGACAGCCCCUACAGACACCGUGACAAGCCCGGAGCAGCAACCCUCAGGGGAGAGAGUGCCAGCUACCCUCAGAUUAGGACCCAUUGCCCCACCUACACAAGAACCAGCUCCAAAGGUAAUCAAAGAAGCGAGCAAGAGGAAGCCUGGAAGACCACCGGGCAAACGUACAGUGCAAGGAAGUUCAAAGCUGAUCAGAGGAUCCACUUCAAAAAAGAAGAAAACUCACCAAGAUAAGCCAACUGCCACCAGAAGAAAACUUAACCAGGACAGUGCUCAAGGAAACCCGCAAAAAUCAAAGUCAAAACCUUCCUCAUCACGGGGUUCCCGAGGGGUGGUAGGAAGAACAGAGUCUCAAUCCAACUCGGAGGAUCAGCCCAUAUGCAACCUGAUACCGGCGUCAUCAAGACGGCGUAGGAUGGAUUUUCAAAAUCCAUCUACUCCCGUUCCUUAA